AUGUCCGUCGUAUCAUACGAAGUCCACUACUGGCCCGUCCACGCCCGUGGGGAUGUCACGCGCAUGGUGCUCGAGGCGUCAGGGAAGCCGUACAAAAACGUCUUCAUAAACCCCAAGGACUGGCCCGCAAUGAAGAAGCAGCAGCGCUUCGGACAUUGCCCGUGGCUCGUCAUCCACUACGCGGACGGGACAUCGAAAACGCUCUGGGAGGAGGUCGCGAUCCUCACAUAUCUCGCGGACACGCUCGGGUUCUUCCCCGCUCCCGCAGACGGCGCGGAGCCUGCGCUCGCCAAGGCCGAGUGCCUCGCUGUCUUCACGUCCUGGCUCGAGCUCGCGGACAAGUUCGCGACGGCCAUGGGCCUCCCCGACUUCGAAGAGCGCCAGAAGCGCGUCAAGAAGCUCCAGACUGAGACCUUACCAGCGCACGUGGCAUUCCAUGAGCGCCUUAUUGGGGAGAGCGUGGGCCCGUUCUACUUUGGCGACAAGCCCACGAUUGCAGACUUCAUGGCGGUGUCAUCGUACUCGCGUAUGGAGGAGCUGUUCGGCGACGAGUUCUCCAAGCCCUUCCCGAACCUCGUGAAGUUGGUUAACAAUACCUGCGCCCUCCCUGCGAUCCAUGAGUACUUCGCGAAGAGGAGAGACUUCGGGGUGCUCAAAUUUGACCGUGAGCAGCUUAAGGUGAUCCCCGUCGUGAAGGCUUAG